AUGUUUAUAAAGCAAGGAUGGGACUCGGGACAGUGGGUUCGAGUGCUGACCCCGGCACUAACUAGCUGUGCGACCUAUCCCAGCCGCCGCCUCGCUCUAUGCCUCAGUUUGCCCUUCUGUAAAACAGGGUUGAAGGAGAAGAUCUGUCAGAACCCGUCCACCCUGAGAUUCGGUAGGUCGGUGAUCCCACAAGCCCUCAUCACCGCACCAGACUCACCUUUCUUGGGAGGAAGAGAGGACGUGGUGAAGGCGGCGGGAAUGAGUGCAGGAUCGCCCAGCUCCGAAUCUUUCGGUGCGCUUGGCCAAAGCCCAGCCCCGGGGACCCCGAUCCGGCCAGUCUUCCCGCAAGGAGCCUCUUACUUUCCGCCGCACUUUCUUUUUUCCCCCUUUGGGGCUCCUCCCCUGCCGCUGCGCGAUUGGCCGCCGCCGCGCGGCUCCGGCUCCACCCGCCGCCUCGGCUCGCCAGCCACCCGCGCUCUGGGCUUCCAAGAGCUGAGGCCGCGGGGCGGCACCCACAGCAGCCCCGCCCGCGGCGAGGAGGAGCGGCGCCCCGCCCGCGGCCCGCCAACCCGAGGCGGCGCUAGGCCCUUCGGUGCCCGGCCACCUCCUGGGCAGACUGGAGCGCGCAGAGAGGGAGAGCGUGGGUCCCGCAGCUUGGCACGAUGCCAGGCGCUUCGGGUAGAUGUGCCUCUGCUCCACACAAGAGACAUACACUUGCGCUCCUUGCAAGAUCCUGGUCUCAUGGUCGAGAACGCUGUCACCCUGCCUCUUCCCGGCUCUGUGUAUUUAACUCUCUGCUGCACCAAAGCCAUGACUCUAUGCAGAAUUUGCGCCCCCAUCGUGUGCCAAACCCAGAGCGCUACAGGAGGAAACAUACUCCACCUUGGUGGUCCGGACCCCCUGCUCCGCUGCAAGUAA